UCUUUACCUUUCAGAACUUUUUUUUUCUGCUUCUUUUAUUUUUCAGAGCUUUUGUGAGGUGAUCGCGAUACUCAGUAUCCGUGGCGAUGGUGCUUUUCUGGAAGAAGAAGAGGAAACUCUGUUAUCUCCUUCUUCUCCUACUUUUCAACCCAAAGAUCUAAAAAUGGGUUUCCCUUUUCCCGCUUUCUUUCUUAUUUUUUAGGAGUUUUAGGGUUUCCAUUUCCUCUGCUAUAUGAGUGAGGGUUAGGAUUUUUGUUGGAACUUGUAAAUUUAGAGUAACACUUCAAUUCCCCUCUUUCUCUCCUCUUUUUCCAAACAAAAAGCUAAGUUUUGAUAUGAAGCUUUCUGCUUCAGGCCUGGGUCAGCAGGCCGCUCAUGAAGGGGAAAACAAAUGCUUGAACUCAGAGCUAUGGCACGCCUGCGCUGGCCCACUGGUGUGCCUCCCCACCGUGGGGAGCCGGGUGGUCUACUUUCCUCAGGGUCAUAGCGAGCAGGUAGCAGCCACCACUAACAAGGAGGUUGACGCCCACAUUCCAAAUUACCCUAAUUUGCCUCCUCAGUUGAUAUGCCAGCUCCACAAUGUUACCAUGCAUGCUGAUGUUGAAACAGAUGAAGUAUAUGCUCAAAUGACGCUACAACCUUUGACACCAGAAGAGCAGAAGGAUACAUUUCUUCCAAUGGAGUUGGGAAUUCCAAGCAAGCAGCCAACGAAUUAUUUUUGCAAGACACUUACUGCAAGUGAUACUAGUACCCAUGGUGGUUUUUCUGUUCCUCGUCGUGCUGCUGAGAAAGUCUUUCCUCCACUGGAUUUCUCGCAGCAACCACCUGCUCAGGAGCUUAUUGCAAGGGAUCUCCAUGACAUUGAGUGGAAAUUUAGACAUAUCUUUAGAGGGCAGCCUAAAAGACACCUUCUUACUACAGGCUGGAGUGUGUUUGUUAGUGCCAAGAGACUUGUUGCUGGGGAUUCUGUUCUUUUUAUUUGGAAUGAAAAUAACCAGCUUCUUUUGGGAAUUCGCCGUGCCACUCGCCCACAAACUGUUAUGCCAUCAUCUGUUUUAUCUAGUGAUAGCAUGCACAUUGGACUCCUUGCUGCUGCAGCUCAUGCUGCUGCAACUAAUAGCUGUUUUACAGUAUUUUAUAAUCCAAGGGCGAGUCCAUCUGAGUUUGUCAUACCCCUUUCAAAAUACAUCAAGGCUGUUUUCCACACACGUGUUUCAGUUGGGAUGCGUUUCAGAAUGCUUUUUGAGACAGAAGAAUCAAGUGUUCGUAGGUAUAUGGGUACAGUAACUGGCAUAAGCGAUUUGGAUCAAGUUCGCUGGCCAAAUUCCCAUUGGCGGUCUGUGAAGGUUGGUUGGGAUGAAUCAACAGCAGGUGAGAGGCAGCCGAGGGUAUCGUUGUGGGAGAUUGAGCCUUUAACAACUUUUCCAAUGUAUCCAUCUCUGUUUCCCCUUAGAUUGAAACGCCCUUGGCAUCCUGGUUCCUCAUCUUUGCAUGAUAACAGAGAUGAUGUAUCUAGUGGGUUAAUGUGGCUAAGAGGGGGAUCUGGGGAGUCCUUCAGCACAUUUCCUUGGAUGCAGCAGAGAGUAGAUCCAAAUUUCCCUGUAAAUGAUCAUAAUCUGCAGUACCAAGCCAUGCUGGCCAAUGGGUUGCAGAACCUAGGAAGUGGGGAUCCACUGAGACAGCAGUUGCAACAAUCUUUGCCAUAUGUUCAACAGCCAGGCAACCAUAGUUUACUGUUGCAGCAGCAGCAGCAACGAGGAGUUUCACAAUCAGUUCCACACAACAUUGUUCAGGUACAAUCCCAAAUUCUAAGUGAGAGCUUGCCUUCUGUCCUUGGACGGGAACAAGUAAGCAAUCACCCGGAGGAACAGGCUCAGCAACAGCAUAACAUGAUUCAAAGUGAUCAGCUUCUGCAGAGGCAGCCAGCAAAUUUGCCUUCAUCAUUUCUGAAAACGGAUUUUAUCAACUCAGGAAAGUUCUCAGGAUCAGUCCCCCCUGUCCAGAAUAUGUUGGGUUCAUUAUGUCCUGAAAGCAGUGCAAAUCUUUUGAACUUUUCCAGAUCUGGUCAGUCAAUGCUAGCUGGGCAGUUAACACAGCGGUCCUGGGCUCCGAAGUAUACCCAUUCAGAGGUAAAUGCCUUUGGUAGCUCUACAUCACUUCCACAAGUGUUUCCUGGAAAAGAUGCUAUAAUAGAGCCAGAUAUUGGCAACUCUGGUGCCCAGAAUUCUGCUCUUUUUGGUAAUAACAAUUCAUAUGGCCUUCUGCUUCCCACAAUGAUGCCUGCUAUUGCAACAUCUUCAUGUGAAGCUGAUGUGCCCUCAAUUCCAUUAGGGGACUCCUCAUUCCAGAAUCCUCUGUAUGGUUGCAUGCAAGACUCUUCAGAGUUGCAGAGCAGAGGGCAAGUUGACCCACCAACCCCAACUCCAACAUUUGUCAAGGUUUAUAAAUCAGGGUCAGUGGGACGCUCGUUAGACAUCUCCAGGUUCAGCAGUUACCAUGAACUGCGAGAGGAGCUGGCUCAGAUGUUUGGAAUUGAGGGGAAGUUGGAAGACCCUUUAAGAUCAGGCUGGCAGCUUGUAUUUGUCGACAGGGAGAAUGAUAUUCUUCUCCUUGGAGACGACCCAUGGGAGGCAUUUGUGAAUAAUGUUUGGUACAUAAAGAUACUUUCACCAGAGGAUGUGCAGAAGAUGGGCGAGCAACGGGCAGAGCCUUUUAGCCCCACAACCCCAGGUCAAAGAAUGAAUAGCACCGGCACUGACACCGGCACUGGUAGACUCUCAUCUGUUGGUUACCUUGAAUACUAAACUGCCAACGGCCUCUGCCAUGGCACUCAACUUGAGAGUAUUAGGAAGUAUUAUCAGAAUCAAACUUAUUUCCACAAUCUCCAAAGACUUAUUUAUCACCAUCCUUGCCUGGACCAAGUUGUUUCUUAAGUUUACAGCAUAGAUUACAAGGAAAGAUUAAAUAUUGUUAUAUCAAAGGCAAAUUAAUGAGUCCAACUUCAAGCAAAUAUGUUAUAAUAAUUGUGCUAUCAUAUUAUGCCUCCUA